UUUCUUUUAGCUUUCACCGGUCUGGCAUUGGUUUAUGUAGUUCAAAGUGUGGUUUGGACUCAGUACGCAGUUAAGAAAUCAGUUGAAGUCGAAACUCUGAUGACAUCAGUUGAGCGAGUAAUGACGUACACCGAGCUUGAACCUGAACCUGGAUACAAAGUGGAACGAAAACCUCCGGGAAUCUGGCCACAUGAGGGUAAUAUCGUGCUCAAAGACGUAUGCCUGACCUACUAUCCGGGGGGUCCUCAAAGUUUAAAGAAUAUUACACUUAACAUCAACGGUGGAACUAAGAUCGGCAUUGCAGGUCGGACGGGCGCAGGGAAAUCUUCCUUCGUGGCGGCACUAAUGCGCAUGCCUGAACCUGGUGGAGACGUAUUUAUUGACAAUGUCAAUAUAAAAGACAUCACCCUCAGAGAAUCUCGACGAGCAAUAACCGUUCUUGGACAAAAUCCUGUCCUUUUUAGCGGAACGGUGAGGCAAAAUCUUGAUCUGAUGGAGCAAUUUGAAGACGCGGAACUAUGGCGAGCUUUAGAACAGGUGCAGCUGAAAAGUCUUGUAGAGAAUUUGCAGGGUCAGUUGAAUCAUGAAUUAUUGGAGCACGGUGCAAACUUUAGUGUUGGAGAAAGACAACUUAUCUGCUUGGCUCGAGUGCUGUUGCAGCAAAAGAAAAUCGUCAUUUUGGAUGAGCCAACUGCACACGUGGAUCCGGACACAGAACAAACGAUCUGGAAUAUAGUAGACGAGAAAUUGAAAAAUUCUACGGUUAUCACUGUUGCACAUCGUUUGAACACAAUAAGAGACUGCGACAAGAUAUUAGUUUUAAAA